GGCGCGCCGCGAGGGCAUCUCUCUCGGCUUCGAGGACGAUGGCCUGCUCGACGUCGAAAAGGAGCAGGAGGCCUUUUCCCGUUCCCUGCAUGGCGGCCGGGCCGAGGUGAGCCUGAGCAUUCAAGAGGGUGAGUAGUCAUGAUCUGCACCGGCCCGCGGAAUGAGGGCCAAGCGCAUUUGCGCGCGCCUGCCACGGGCAUUCCAUGCCCCGCUUGCUUUCCAACUCCUGCUCAAUCCUGACUGACUUGCAAUCGCUCCUCCUCCUCCUCCGUGAUGUCCGCCCUCUUGCCCAUCUACCUGCAACAGCGCGCGAUCCUCACCACCAAGUUGUGCAAGACACCACGCCGGCUUCCAAGGUGCCCCCAAGCGUCGUCCUCACCCCGCCCGACCUCUCCUCCACACCCAUGUCGCCCAUCGCAGGCUGGGUCGAAGCGCCGCCGACCGAGGGCAACAACCAGGAUGUGCCCAACCUGCACGCCUCGUCCAAGACGCCUGUCCCUCGUGACUUUCAGCGGUCUUCCUCUUCGAGCAGCACUGGCGACUCCAACUCCCAUUUCUUCAGCUACGAAGCUCAGCCCUCGCGCCGAUCUGCCGGCCCGCGGCCAGUAUCCUCGUGCGGCGAUGGUGAGCAGAUCGACGACUUUAUCGGCAGGCCGCAAUCGCCAGAGGACGUCAAGCGCGCUAGACCCUCGAGGGAAACGGUGGCCAUUGGCAGCAGGCAGGCCACGCUGAGGCACAGGAGGCAAUCGGAGCGAUCCAAAGCAGCGGCGGCAGCGGCCGCCGCCGCCGCUGCUGAUGCGAGACAAGAGUGGGACGAUAGCAGUAGGACAAAGACGCCUACGGCUGCGGCGGCAUUGGACGCUGCACCGCCGCCUGCGAUCGGCGACGAAACCUUGCCCGCCUCGGCACCUGCGACUGUUGUAUCAUCAUCACAAGAACAGGAUCAGGAUCAGGAUCAGGAAGGACAACAGCAGGAGCUGGGAAUCGAGCCAGCCUCUGGCCAGGCUAGUGCAUCAUCGGCAGUCGCACCUGCGCCAGCGUCGGCCCCAGCAGCACAUGCGCCUUCAACGCUGCUGACUUCUCCUCAGCCAAGACGGGCCGCGCUUCACUUCUUCGGCAGAAGAAGGGAAGCCUCGCAGUCGUCUGUCGGAUCGACUGGCGAGGACGUGCUCGAACGAUUGGCCGACACACCAACGCAGUCUGGCAAGGCCAAGAAGGACAGCAAUGUUGCUUCGCCCGCUGGCGGCGGCUUCUGGCGCCUUGGAGGAAAGAAGACGGCCAAAGACGACCGGCCGUCCUCCUCGGCUGGAAAGCAGGCCAGGCCAUCGUCUGCUGGUUCGGCCCCACCGGCGGCUCUGCCAGCGUCCGCCACUGCGCUCAGUUCGGGCGAAGUGGAGAACAAGGAGCCGUCGCCAGCACUGUCGCGAAGAAAUUCAACACAGGUGGGCAAGCCAGACAACAAGGACUCAAGCUCCGCCGCCAAGCUCUGCAAGGGAAAGGCAAGACGUCUAGGCGCGCUCGGUGCCGACAUGCAGCCGAUGAUGGUCAAGGUGCGAGCCAAGAACAAAUCUUCAAAGGAUCGCGACUUUGGUCGCCUCUUCCUGGCUCAGGAGCUGGCGCUCGGUGGAGCAGACGGUUCGUCAACGCCGAAACCUCGACCAGUCUCCUCUUCAGGUCUGCCAUCCGUGGCGGCGUCUUCUUCCCCAAACCCAUCUUCGAACACGGAUGACGCCAAGCUGCCAAACGUCGAGAGUAUGGGAAGCGUGAGCAGUGCAACAAGCAGUAACUUGAGUGCACCCAACUCGACAUCCGCCCACAAGAGGAAGAAGGCGACAUGGGCCAUGAAAUUCAGCCUCGACGGAAAGCAUCUUGCAGUGGCGGUGAGUCCAGCUCGCGGGGGGACGACGACAACAUGCAGAAGCAGAACCCUUUACUAGACUGCUGACACUGCUUCACCUUCUAUUUAAAAGGGCCAAGACGCCAUUAUUAGAGUGUAUGCGGUGCUCGAUAGCCCCGAGGCCAGGGCCAAAUUGCUCGACGAAGAGGUCAAGGCUGCGGCGCUAGCCCCUCCUCUGCACUCGCUAGGCAAGAGUGGAUCCUCCACCAGCCUCGGCAGCAACGCAAGCUCCAAU